AUGGCUCUCAUUGUUCCUGGAAUAAGGAGGGUAGCCCUACAGGCUCCCUCCAGGUUCUUCGUCUGCAACCAAUGCCUCCGACAAACCGCUGCGUCACGGCCGCGGUUCGCAUCGCGCAUUCUGAAUGUCGUACGAUCUCGAAGCUUUGCGGACGCGAAACCCACGACGCCGCUGGGAACAAUGGCCGACCAUGUUGCUUCCCGAUCUGCAUCUAUGCACGCCCAGGAACUCUCCAAGACGGCUUUGCCUAAAACAAACCCCAAGAGUGUGGCAUAUUGGUUGAUUGGUAGCGCCGUCAGUGUGUUUGGUAUCGUCGUCUGGGGAGGUCUGACGAGGUUGACUGAAUCUGGACUUAGCAUCACGGAAUGGCGUCCCGUUACCGGUUCACUACCUCCCAUGUCUCAGGAAGACUGGAACUCCGAAUUCGAGAAAUACCGAGCGUCCCCCGAAUUCAAGCUUCUCAACCCACACAUGACCAUUGAUGAAUUCAAAAAGAUCUACUUUAUGGAAUGGGCACAUCGUGUCUGGGGCCGCUUCAUUGGAUUAUCCUUCGUCCUACCCACCGUGUACCUCAUCGCCCGCCGGAGAGUCACUACCAAGAUGGCCUUCAACCUCGUAGGCAUAUCCGCACUAAUCGGCUUCCAAGGCUUCAUCGGCUGGUGGAUGGUCAAGUCCGGUCUAAAGGACGACUUGUUCGCCCCCGGCUCGCACCCUCGCGUCUCGCAAUACCGCCUCACUGCACAUCUGGCCACCGCAUUCGUCUGCUACUCGUGGAUGCUCCUCUCCGGCCUGGCUAUCCUCCGCACGCACCGACUCCUUGCCGACCCCAAAGCCGCCAUGUCGGCGCUUCGGGCCCUCCAGAACCCUGCGCUGAAUGCCUUCCGCCGCUCCGUCUUUGCACUUGCAACCCUCACCUUCAUCACCAUCAUGUCUGGAGCCCUGGUUGCCGGCCUCGACGCGGGCCUCAUCUACAAUGAAUUCCCCAAGAUGGGUCUAGGCCUGACACCACCGAAAGCCGAGCUCUGGGACAAAUUUUACUGCCGCAAGGAAGAUGGCUCUGACCUCUGGUGGCGCAACAUACUCGAGAACCCCAGCACCGUGCAAAUGGACCAUCGCAUUCUCGCCGUUUCGACGUUCUGUGCCAUUUUAGCCCUCUUUGCCUACUCCCGGACGGGUCGUGUCGCUGCCGCUCUGCCCAAGGAUGCAAAAAAGGGAGCUACAGGCCUAGUUCAUCUUGCUUCCAUGCAGGUUGCCCUCGGUAUAUCCACGCUGAUUUACAUGGUGCCGGUCCCCCUGGCCGCAGCUCACCAGGCUGGUAGCCUCGCUGUCUUGACAGGCGCCCUGGUCCUGGCACAUCGGCUGAGAGUACCCAGGCCAACGCUGCGCAUGAUUGAGCAGCGACUAAAGCAGCUCAAGCAAUAA